UUUGUGUAUAAAAGCGUGGAAAUUUCAGUGAAUUGUAUCAGUCACAUUCUGUACUCCAAACAGUACUACAAACAGUUCAACACAGAUCAUCUUAACCGAGAUACAAAAAAUUUAAACUAAUCAAAAUGUUCAAGUUGUUGGUGUUGUCUGUUCUCGUUGCCGUUGCCGCUGCUGCUCCAAGUGGAUACCAUGGAUACGCUGCCGCUCUUCCAUUGGCCUAUGACUAUACUCCAGAUUACCAUGUGUCGAAGAUUGUGGAACACAUUCCAACCGCUGUGAGCCAUCAAAGCCGUGUUGACUACCACUCAAAACCAGUCAUCACCCCAAUUUAUGCUCCAGUAACCAAGGUUAUUCCACAACCAGCCUACGCUGUGCACAGCCCAGCCGUCGUCGCUCCAGUCGUCCACAGUGCUCCACUUGUCCACAGCUCACCAUACUAUGGUGCUUCAUUUUACGAUGCCCAUGCUCACGCAUGGUAAUCAGCUAUCCACCACCUCAAAACUGAUCCAGCAGUCAAUUGUUCCAAAUUCUUCAAGCAAUUCCUUUCGUUUUUCUAAUUAUUACCACACACAAAACAACAAGCCAAUUUUUACCAUAGCCUAAAUUCGUCCACCGAAAACGGAAAAUCGAGCUAAAAAGAAAAAAAAACAAAUUCACAUCAUCCACAUCUUCACUAAUUGACUGAGAGAAGAAGAGAUUUUCCGCACUCAUAAAAAAACAAUAUUACCAUACUUUGAUUACCGAAACUUAUUUAUACACAGCAAACGGCAACUGCAUUAUCUAUUGUUCUUAAGUUGAAAGAUUAGAUAGUGUGCAUUGGAUGAAAAUAAUUUAAUAAAUUGAUUUUUUUUAACAAAAAUUAAAACAAA